AUGCUGGACUGCCCGCCGACCUGCACCUGCUCCCAAACAGAGAUCUAUUGCAAUAAGUCUGACAACGGAAGGUUUUUCCCUUUACUGGCCGUGCAAGACACCGCCAACAAUGGAAGCACUGGGGACAUAGCGGAGUUAUUCAAAAACAUCAGCUCUAUAUGUCGACUAAAGCUGUUCGGCUUAAGUCUCCGUAAACCUGAUGGUCCAAAAGUGGCUCUUGGUCCAAAAGUGGCUCUUGGUCCAAAAGUGGCUCUUGGUCCAAAAGUGGCUCUUGGUCCAAAAGUGGCUCUUGGUCCAAAAGUGGCUCUUGGUCCAAAAGUGGCUCUUGGUCCAAAAGUGGCUCUUGGUCCAAAAGUGGCUCUUGGUCCAAAAGUGGCUCUUGGUCCAAAAGUGGCUCUUGGUCCAAAAGUGGCUCUUGGUCCAAAAGUGGCUCUUGGUCCAAAAGUGGCUCUUGGUCCAAAAGUGGCUCUUGGUCCAAAAGUGGCUCUUGGUCCAAAAGUGGCUCUUGGUCCAAAAGUGGCUCUUGGUCCAAAAGUGGCUCUUGGUCCAAAAGUGGCUCUUGGUCCAAAAGUGGCUCUUGGUCCAAAAGUGGCUCUUGGUCCAAAAGUGGCUCUUGGUCCAAAAGUGGUUCUUGGUCCAAAAGUGGCUCUUGGUCCAAAAGUGGCUCUUGGUCCAAAAGUGGCUCUUGGUCCAAAAGUGGCUCUUGGUCCAAAAGUGGCUCUUGGUCCAAAAGUGGCUCUUGGUCCAAAAGUGGCUCUUGGUCCAAAAGUGGCUCUUGGUCCAAAAGUGGCUCUUGGUCCAAAAGUGGCUCUUGGUCCAAAAGUGGUUCUUGGUCCAAAAGUGGUUCUUGGUCCAAAAGUGGCUCUUGGUCCAAAAGUGGCUCUUGGUCCAAAAGUGGCUCUUGGUCCAAAAGUGGCUCUUGGUCCAAAAGUGGCUCUUGGUCCAAAAGUGGCUCUUGGUCCAAAAGUGGCUCUUGGUCCAAAAGUGGCUCUUGGUCCAAAAGUGGUUCUUGGUCCAAAAGUGGCUCUUGGUCCAAAAGUGGCUCUUGGUCCAAAAGUGGCUCUUGGUCCAAAAGUGGCUCUUGGUCCAAAAGUGGCUCUUGGUCCAAAAGUGGCUCUUGGUCCAAAAGUGGCUCUUGGUCCAAAAGUGGCUCUUGGUCCAAAAGUGGCUCUUGGUCCAAAAGUGGCUCUUGGUCCAAAAGUGGCUCUUGGUCCAAAAGUGGCUCUUGGUCCAAAAGUGGCUCUUGGUCCAAAAGUGGCUCUUGGUCCAAAAGUGGUUCUUGGUCCAAAAGUGGCUCUUGGUCCAAAAGUGGCUCUUGGUCCAAAAGUGGCUCUUGGUCCAAAAGUGGCUCUUGGUCCAAAAGUGGUUCUUGGUCCAAAAGUGGCUCUUGGUCCAAAAGUGGCUCUUGGUCCAAAAGUGGCUCUUGGUCCAAAAGUGGCUCUUGGUCCAAAAGUGGCUCUUGGUCCAAAAGUGGCUCUUGGUCCAAAAGUGGCUCUUGGUCCAAAAGUGGUUCUUGGUCCAAAAGUGGUUCUUGGUCCAAAAGUGGCUCUUGGUCCAAAAGUGGCUCUUGGUUCCAGAUGCUGUCAAUGCUGA